GAAAUCGAAAAGAUUUCGCUCAUUUUUAUCCCAUUUGCUGUUUGUCUUGUGUUUAACAUAAAGAAACGGUCCACAUCGGCGUCAGUUACAUUUAAUUUUAUUAUGCUGAUACUAUUGUAUUUGUCAUUCCUCACCUGUUUAACUGGUGCAAUAGAAAAAAACAAAUUGUCUGAAAAAAUUUAUAUAUCACUUGAAGGAUCAUCUGUAUGUUAUCUUCGAUUAAAUAGGGAAAACACUUACGGCUGCAAAGGGGCUGAGAGUGCGGUGGGUGUUUUAUUUUAUAUGGACAAUGCAGCUAGACAACAAUGGUUCAAAAAUAAUGCCAGACAAGGACCUUAUACCCUGUUAAUUAAUCCAACUAAAAACUUUCCUUUCACCAAAGAACUGAUGUUAGAGAUAAGACAGUAUAUCAACGAUAAAAAAGUAAAUAGUCUUCUUGUGACUUAUUUUGGAAAUUCCACUGUUGAACAAUUCUCUCCAGAAUCGACUUGUCCAAAUCAUAAAUAUGAUCUUUAUUCAAACGAUGAUAGUUACAAGGAUUGCUUGGAUUACAAUUGGAAUGUUCAAGGAACGAAUUGGCUUAACGAGUAUUUCGAAAUACCCAUUCUGGCUCUUUAUAAAGCAGAUCAAGUUGAAAAAUUAAUAGACAUUUGUUGGAAAAAAAGAAAUGAACCCAAAAAUGAUCAACCACCGCAAUCACCCCUUUGUGCAGUCGAAAUUAAGUCUCAAAUGAGAGGGGCAGUUAAUGCCGAAGUAUGCCUUAGAAGGACGGGAAAAACUACAAAUUUGAAUGGAGAAUCUAAAGAGUUAUGUACAAUCAUUGGUGCCAGAACAAUAAUAUCGUCCUACCCAGGACCUUUGUUACAAGAGGAUAAAGUAAUCCUUGUGCUGGCACAGUAUUUGACUUUAACCAUGUUUGAAACUUUAGCUCCUGGAGCAAAUAACCCGUUAAGUGGAAUGAUAACACUAUUAGCUGUUGCAAAAGCUUUGAAGACAUCAGAGAAAGAAUUGCAAACACAUGGGAGGAGUAUCGUUUUUAUGCUUUUUGGAGGUGAAACUCUGGAUUACUUAAGUUCGACAAAGUUGGUCUUUGAUAUGAAAAAUAAGAACUUUUUCAUAGAUAAAAAACAAAUCGAAUUGAUUGUGGAACUAUCCCAACUUGCCGGGUCAAAAGAUCAAAUAUACAUGCACACAAACAAAAUCAAUUCUUCCGUUGCUAUUAGCCAAGCUAAUGAGAAAAUUACCCAAAAGUUCACUGAAUAUUCAAAAAAUAUAGCAUUCAAAGAAGCCAAGAAUAAUAUACUACCCCCUGCAAGUUUACAAAGCUUUCUAAAAUGGUUCGAAGUCCCUGGUGUAGUUUUAGCAGAUCAUAACACAGAGUUCAUAAAUAAGUUUUAUAAUAGCCGAUAUGAUACACUUUUAGAUGAGCUUAGAGACUUGCCUUUUAACACCUCAUUUGUUAAUAAAAGUUUUCCUCUAGCUAAAAAAAUAUCAGAGGUAUAUAAAUAUCUUCACUGCUUGUGUGCAUUUUUGUUAUUUAAUAUGUUUUAGAUAGCAGAAACAAUUACCCAGACGAUAUAUUCUUUGGCAACCAACAAGACUAAGACCGUGAAUGUUGAUGAAAUUUAUGCAAGUACACAUACAUAUUCUAAAUGAUCUCUAGCACAACUCUUUCAACAGGUUUCUAAUUUACUCUUUUGUCUCUUGAAAAAUAAUUCAUGCGAUCUUCUGCGAGAAAUAAUUCCUACUGAUUUUAAUUUGACUGCUGGAUAUGGAGACAAACCAACAUGGACUAGAGAUUGGCAUUUAUCUGUUCAACAAUCGCUUUCCAGAAAGAUCAGCACGGAGCAAUUAGUUUUGUAUGACUAUCUUUGACCAACAACGAACAUAUCCAGCAUUUUUUCAGUUUCAGAUCCCUAAUGGCAAAUGCAACGGGGAUUUUUUCACACAAUGUUACAGAAAAGCAAUGUAAUUCUUACAAUACAGGCAACAAAACUGGACUGUGGGUUAACGGCUUUGAAAUUGAUAAAAGUGUAGGCAUGUGUAUAAUAUCCGCCAUACGGCAUCAUUCUGGAUUAUCACCUGGAUAUGACCCUUCUAGUAUAUUUUACAAUUAUUUAUCUCAUAAAGAUCUCUUUUAUUUGCAACCACAGCCAACAAGGUUCUUGAUAAUGGCUAUCCGGUCUGGACUGAGAGUACAUGGAUAGAUAUAGAUAUACGAUAUUUUUUGAAGCCUGACAGUGCAACCGAGGUAAGAAAGUAUUUUUUUAAAAUAAAAUGUUGGUGAAUGCAUAAUGCUUUUGCACCAGAUUUUUCAAAUUCUGUUUGUCUUACUUUCCUUCAGCUCGCUGUACUACUCAGUGGGAUUUUUGUUUUUAUCCUAUCGCUUGCUGGAGGCUAUAUACUGUCGAAACGAAGUCAUUUGUUAUUUGAAGAUGGAGCAUCAGGUCCUCUAUAGCUACGAUAAUUUAUUUAACGUACAUUAUUUUAUUUACAUAUGUAUGUCAUUUGUACCUCUUUUGUUUAUUUUGAAUAAAUUAAUUGAGAUUUUCUUAUAACUACAA